UUAAAUAAUAAAAUGAAACUGAUUGAUUUAAAUUUACACAAGAUGGACCAGCAGCCCAACUGGUUAUUUGGCUGUACCUAUUUUCGCAUAAGAAGGUAGCGGGUUCGAUACCUCAACCCUCCUCUAUAAUUUUCGUUUUUCAACACAGGGGAAGGGCAUUUUUGUACUUUCUCGAAAACGCGGUGGCAAGGAACCGUAAUUUUAAGAAAGCCCUAAGGGUAUUUUGGUCAGUUCGGGGGCCGAGAUAGAUAUACCUAGACCGAUAAACCCUAGCCGCCUGAUCCUAAAUCGACCAAAACGGCCGAUGCUCUAAUUCUCCGCCUCUCUCUCUCUCUCUCUCUCUCUCUCUCUCUCGAUUCUCUAUUCUUCCCUCUGGCCUCUCUGAAACUACACAAACAACAACAACAAAAAAAUGAAAUCCUUCCCCCUCUCUCGAAUCUGCUUUCUUCCCCGCUCGAUCUAUUACCUAGAGAUCAUCCACGCCCGAGAACGAAAUCAUCUCAUACUUGCCUCUUCUCUCCGAUCGACCGACACAAGAAAGACUCGAACUCCCCAGAUUGACCAAAAAAAUGGCGAACUGGGUAAGAUUCCGCCUUGCAUGUAGGAUUUCUUUUGGUUUUCUAUUUCAAAAACCGAAUUCUGAUGUUUUCGGUUUUGGAUUUACGCGAGGGGAAGAGGGGGCUCGCUUGCCGCCGGCAAGAGACUCCACCGAAACCCUUCGGUUUCUUCUCUCGGAAAAGAGGGCGGCUUGGAGCCGCCGGAGCAGGAGUCGACGCCGCCGAGGCAGCAGUCGCUGCCGACAAGAGUCUUCUACUGAACCCUUCGGUUCCUUCUCUCGGUUAGAGGGGACCGAGAUCUGGGUGAUGUUCUCCCAUCUCACGACCUUGUAUGAUUAAAAGGUAAAAAUUGGAGAUGAGAUUUGUUUUUUAACGGCUUUAGGUUCUGGGUUUUAAUUAGCUAGGAGUUAGUUUCUUGAUCUGCUAGCUGAAUUGGUAUUUUAUGGUAAUACUUGGUAAAUCGUUUGUUUUGUUGAUUUUUGCUGUGGAUUUUGAAAUCUGAAAUUAUCGUGUUGCAGAGUUUUAGUUCAAAAUCUUUUAACAUAGCCGAAAAUCACAGCCACUGCUUGUGCUAGUGAUUUCGGACUGAGAAAGAACAUUAUGUUCUAUGUUUGGGAUAGGAGUUUAAGAAUAUAGUAUCGACAAUGGUUUGGAAAGAACGAUUAAGAACAAUAACCUAAGUCACAGCCACUGCUAUGACUAAAUCAGAACUUUGGAUCUUAAUUGAUUUUGCCAUUAACUGGUUUCUUAUGCUAUGAUUUUGUUUUGUGGGUCGAUUGUGAGGUUGAAGCUUUUUUCAUUCUAUAUUCUAUAUGAUGAAAAACACUAAGAAAUUAUCAUCUUUGUGAUUUAUUAAACUUAAGAUAAGUGUUAAGUUAUGAUUUUUGUUAAAUCGAUCUUAGACGGAGAUCUGAAACUUAGGCGGGUUGAUUGAGCUAACGUAAACCGAAUUAGAUGUCUAGAUACAUGGAUAAAAAACAUUAACAAUCACGAAAACAUAUCUAGCAAAGAACACAGGUACAAACCACUUCAUUAUUCUCAUGCUAAUUCUGUUUUAGAGGUUAGCUCGUAGCACAAUUUUUAAAAGAAAGCAAGUGGAAACAAAAGUAGAUUUAUAAUCAAGCCAUAUACAUACUUAUCUAUUACAGAUCUACCAUGGAGUAGAGAUCUAUUCACUUUAUAGUAUCCCUAUCAAGUGCAUAUAGUGAUCAUUCGUAUAUGUAUUCGUAUGUAUAUGAAAUAUGGGAUGUGUUUGAGAAAUACCAACCUGGACCCUUGGAAAUGGUUUCUUCGUGGUUGCUGUGAUUAUCUUCUUGCUUUGCUUUUGCUCUCUUUUCCCUUUUGCUUCUACUUGCUGCUGCUAUUUGGUGUCCUUUUUCUUGAGCAUCAGCUGCCUUUUUUCUUAUCAAGCUUGCCGUGUAUUUUGUUUGCUCUCUCCCUCCUUUUUUGGAUUUCCAGCCAGAAGCCCCCCCCCCCCCCCCUCUUUUUAGCCGACCUCCACUUUUAUAUCUGGUUUUUUACUAUUCAUUUGGGUGUGUUGUCAAUUGUUUGUUCGGUUUGCAGAAGAGCUGGCCAUUUUCCUCCUUUCAAGAAGUAGCAGUAAUCAUUGUUGGCCUUUGGGAUGAGAUAAGGCUGUAAGAAGUCAGUUGACCGAAGAUGACUCGUUGACUUUGUUUGACUGGGCUGGUUGACUUGUGGACUGGGCCGAAAAUUACGGGCCUGGAUUGGGUUUAUAGUUUGAGAAUUGGGCUACUGGUGUGGGUUUGUUUGUGCCUAGAGCAAGUAGCAAUGGGCCAAUGACUUCAAUUUCCUCCUUUUUUUUAUAGAGCUCGCAAUAAUCCUUGUAAUUAAUUGUAAUUAAUUUUAGUCAUUGCUUUAUUAGAGGUUUACUCAUGUGAUGUACGAUGUAUCAAAUUUGAUAAUAAAGUCUUUGUUUUGCCUCGUUCAAUUUGUCACAUUUAAUCUAUCAUACCCAAGUCCAAACUUGAGCAACAAACUUUUCACUAUAGUCAUUCCUCCCUUCUAAUUGAGAAUUUAUAUUUAAGAUUUGUCACUGCUAAUCUUAACUUAAACCGAUCAUAUCUUAACUAAUUAUGCCCUAGAAUCGACUAGGAGCAAAUUUGAUAAUUGUUGGUUCAUAUUGACUUGCAACUGUUAGUCUCAACCAAACUAACUUCAAUUUCCCUUUUAAAUAUAAUCAUAGUACGACGUUAGAAUAAUUAUUUUCAAUAAAACAAUUAUCCCGGA